AAAUAAUUCCUUCUGUGCAUGGAAGGGGCGGCAGCUGAUCUCCCCCGCCAGCCCCACAAGAACCCAGUGACCCGCUUUCCCCCACACCUCUGGAGUUGCACUACAGGGCUGAACUGCCAGGACUCAGCCUUAGUCACCUUGAGAUGGUGUAACUCAGAAACGGCAAAAUAAACGAACCAAAGAAGGCAGGGAUGUGUCGUCCUUGUGUUACGGUACCCGUUUCCUUCCUUUUUUUCUGCAGGACAAAAGGAGAAACAGGCAGAGGGGAGGAAGCGAGUGUCGCAGGCAGAGGGACGUGGAACAGAGGGACCCAGCCUUGUCCAGAGAAGAGGCUCUGCCUGUCCGUCCGUCCAUCCUGAUUCUUGGAAGUGUUCAAAGUUUUGCAGGCUGCAGGCGAAAAAGGCGAUGGGUCUCCCCAACAGCCGACAGGGAGCACGGAAGGUCAUGUUUCUGACAGGUUUCCUCCUAAGCUGCAUGUUGCAGCUGGUGCCAGCACAAUUUCAACCCCAGUUGUCUUUGACCCCUGAGCCAAUUGAGCCUUUUCUGGGCAAGGAUGUCAAGCUGUCUCUGAGGAACGCCCCCCGGCAGUUCGCGCAGUGCCAGUGGUUCCGGCAAAGCCGCUCAGGGAGAGUGGAGAACAUCUUCACGCAAUUUGGGCAGAGGCAGCCAGAAAAAGGCCCCGGACACACCGGACGGGAGACGUUGAGAGAUGGGUGCUCCUUGUAUAUCGCGAGGUUGACGCAGUCCGAUGCGGCGAACUACACCGUGGUGAUUCAGCUCGACACGGACCAGCAAACAGGCCAAGGGCAACAAUUUGUAGGGAGAAACCUCUCAGAAUCUUAUUAUUUGCAAAUCUCAAACCUCAUGUCCAUAAUCCUCAACCCACAACGUCCUGUUCAAGGUCAGGACCUCACCCUGACCCCACAAAAUGCCCCAAAGCAAUUAAGCUUCUGCAAGUGGGUCAUACACCCCAGGGGCGGGCAAGAAAAAGUUCUCGAAUACGACCCAGAGGACACAGACCAGCAAAGCUUGUCCCAAGGCAGAACGACUUUGAGGCAGGAUUGCACCUUGCACAUCAGGCAGCUUGAUGUUUCUGACACCGGCAACUACACGGUGAAGAUCGAAUCUCUUCUGAACCAGCAGCAACAACCAGGGCAGCAGCCUUUCCCCCAGGAACCUGAAAUUGGAGACUUUCAGGUGCACAAGGGACAGAUCUAUCUUGACGUCCUCCGACAAUCUGGUCAUGACCCCCAAAAAGGUCAUGGCUCCCAAAAAGGUCGUGCCUCUGCCUCUUUGACCUACAGCGCAGCCGUCGUCGCUGGGACCUUGCUUGGAUCGCUCGCCUGGGCAGACGCCCUGAUGCCCGUCUUCUCCGGACUAUUCUGCUCCCUCACUUCCCUGAGGCGCAAAGUCAUCCCGUGAAUGAUGAGUUUGGCGGAAAGUCCCUAACUUUUGCAAGCCUCGCCCUCUGGGCAACAGAUUCCCGAUAACCAGGAAGGUCUCUCUACCUCUUUCUAUGCAGUGCCAAGCCAUGGAUGAAGAAAUAUCCUGGAUCCUGUGCAGUAUUACAUAUAAAAACUUUAUUUCAUUUCUGUUAAUACAAAAUAAUAAUAAUGUAAAGGUUUCUAAAACUUCUAUCCAGCAUUCGAUCAACUCAGCGUACACUCAUUGGAAUUAAUAGACAUGAUGAACUGAGGCCCAUUAAUUUCACUGGGUCUACUCUGAUGUAGACAGUGCACAAGAUGUGCAACUUAUAGAAACUCAGAAAAGUAUAUCAAACCUACGCAGAUUGUUUUCCCAUAAUUAUCAGAUGUUUCCCAGUUUUGAACAAACUUCUUGUAAGCCUGUUGGUGCUUUUCCUGAUACUUUUUUCAAAUAAAGUGUUGCUUUUUUUCCUGCCUUAAA